AUGGUUCGCCUCACAUCGCUGUCGGCGGCUCUGGUUGGUGCGACCGCCGUGUCGUGCCAGAAUGACGACAAGAACCACGACUCCUACACCGGCUACACCCAGAUGAUCAGCUUCGUCAAGCGCCACCCGGACUGGACUCGCGAGGACUUCUGGACGCACUGGCAGACAGUGCAUGCGCUCAAGGUUGCUCCCCUGGCAGCCUAUUUUAACAUCACCCGCUACCAACAGAUCCAAGUCGGAGGCAUGAUUCCCCCCACCGCAUCCGGAGCAGACCAGCCUGCCAACACCACCCUUGUUAGCUUUGACGGUAUCGCCAUGUUCCUGUACCCGGAUCCCUCAGCUUUGACCGCGAUGCUCGCCCACCCUUACUACAUCGAUAUUGUUGAGAAGGAUGAAGAAACAUUCAUUGAUAAGUCGGCCUAUGGUGCCGGAAUGGUCGCGACCUAUGUCGGGAACAAUAUCGAGGUGGUUGAAGAAGGUGUCAAUGUCAGGUCCGGGGACGCCGCCACGGCUGAGAAGUACCAGAAGCUUUUCGAGACGUACCUUUAG